AUGCGGGCAGUAGCAGCAGCACCUCUGGAGUGGAGGUGCUCCGCGGUGGUGUUUCUCGAGCAGCGGCAGUUCUCGCUACAGCGCCAGGAGAGUCCGAGAAAAGAACAAUUCCGUAAACUCAUUAUUGGUGGCUUGAGCUUUGAAACUACAGAAGAAAGUUUGAGGAACUACUAGGAACAACGGGGAAAACUAGAUUGUGUGGUAGUGAGGGGUCCUGCAAGCAAAAGAUCAAGAGGAUUUUUGGUUGUUUUUUUUUUAGGAUUUGGCUUUGUGACUUUUUCUUGCAUGGCUGAAGUUGAUGCUGCCGUGGCCGCAAGACCUCACUCAGUUGACGGGAGAGUGGUUGAGCCAAAACGUGCUGUUGAAAGACAGGAAUCUGGAAAGCCAGGGGCUCAUGUAACUGUGAAGAAGCUUUUUGUUGGUGGAAUUAAGGAAGAUACUGAGGAACAUCAUCUUAGAGAUUACUUUGAGGAAUAUGGAAAAAUUGAUACCAUUGAGAUAAUUACGGAGAGGCAGUCUGGAAAGAAAAGAGGCUUCGGAUUUGUUACGUUUGAUGACCAUGAUCCCAUGGAUAAGAUUGUGUCGCAGAAAUUCCAUACUAUCAAUGGUCAUAAUGCGGAAGUAAGAAAGGCUUUGUCCAGACGAGAAAUGCAGGAAGUCCAAAGUUCUAGAAGUGGAGGAGGAGGCAACUUUGGUUUUGGAGAUUCUCAUGGUGGUGGUGGUGGAAAUUUUGGACGAGGUGGCAAUUUUGAAGGCAGCCCUGGUUAUGGAGGAGGAAGAGGAGGAUAUGGUGGUGGAGGACCUGGAUAUGGCGGUGGAGGACCUGGAUAUGGCAACCAGGGUGGGGGCUACGGAGGUGGCUAUGGCAGUUAUGGAGGAGGAAAAUACGGGAGUGGAAAUUACAAUGACUUUGCAAAUUAUAACCAACAACCUUCUAACUAUGGUCCAAUGAAGAGUGGAAAUUUUGGUGGUAGCAGGAGCAUGGGGGGACCGUAUGGUGGAGGAAACUAUGGUCCAGGAGGCAGUGGAGGAAGUGGGGGUUAUGGAGGGAGAAGCAGAUACUGA